UGAUGACACUACCCACUUAGGGUUAGAAAAAAAAAAUAUCUGAAGGCAGCAUUAUGUAUUGAGUGUACUUCGGUGAAUUUCCGGUUUUCCCUUUUCUUAUACAGAAUGAGUCACCGCUGGUUUCACAUACCGUGGUCUCCGCCAAAAACAAAAUGGCGGCCAAAGAAGAGGAAGAAAUUGAUAUCGAAGGGCUUGAAGAAGAAAAUCAGUGGCCAGAUUUAAAAGAUGUUCUAAAUAACCCAAGCAGUAGUACCAUUAAAACGAAUGCACAAAGUCCUGGAAGUUCGUUUUUCACUGACUACUGUGACUCAAACUCAUGGAUUUUAGAAUCGAACUCGGUUUGGUCUUUAGAUAAUUGUGAUGAUGAAAAAAGCAGAGCAGCGAUUGAGAAGAUGAUAAUGGAGGAAGAGCUGUACUCUCAUGGUUAUGGCAGAAUGCUAGAAGUCCCUACUACCCCUGUUAUAGCUUCAGAAAUACCAACAUCAACUGCAAGAGCAAAAAAACCAAAGUUAAAGAAGCCAACUGUGGUGGAGGAAAGUCGCCCCUCACACCGGAAACCAUGGACCAAGGAAGAGCAGGAUUUGUUCAUGGAGGGUUUGAAAUUACAUGGGAGAAGUUGGACUCGAAUUGCUACCAUGAUACCAACACGCACAGUUCUGCAAGUAAAAAACUAUGCCAACCAGUAUUUCAGGAACAAGCAUAAAGUAGCUGUGCCAGCCAAGCAAGAAGACACUAGGACAUCAAGACCAAGCACUGCCACCACUGAUAGCCAAGAACAAAGUCACUGUGUAGGAAUAGGGAUGAGUCUCAUUGAUUCUGGGGCAUGUGUUCGUAUUGAAAACACUAGUGAUGAUGAGGAGGAAGUUGAUAUUGAUGGGGAUAUAGAUGUUAAUCCCUCACCAGUAGAUGGUGCAGCUUUCCCUCGGAGUGUUAAUGGAGGACUUGUUAAGGAGAAAGAAGAGGACAGCUAUAAUAACGAGAUCUCAUUGAGUGAGGAAGAUCCAACAGACGACCUAUCAUCUCAGUGUCUUACUGGGUUGUCUGCCAUGCCUAUUAGCCGUGCGGACACACAACUCAACUCUAUACAAUCUGACCAAUCAAAAGCUCAAAGCCUAACUAUAACGUCUGCCACAGAAAUCAACUGUGCAGACAACCACCUGACCUCGACUUCAUGUGAGCAAUCAGACGCCAACCACUUAGCACUGUUGUCUCUUUCCAAUGAUGAAACUCUCCAGUGCUUUGAUAACGAGAAAAUCAAUGAAAACAUUUCAUUGAAUGUGGACAGUCAUGAAUCGACAAAUUUGCUAACUGAAAAGGUGGAAACCAGUACUCAAAAAAGGGAACGAGAUAAUUUUGGCCAUGGUAAUUCGGGUGGCCUUGGUUUGCAUGUUUGUAGCCCUGACGUUAUCCAGCAGGAUAGCCUGACACCACGUGACAUACAAGGCGCCGGCUUCUCAUGUGAUGACCAAAGCCCUGUUGACACGAACUGCUCACGUGAUGACCAAAGCCCUGUUGGCACGAACUGCUCACGUGAUGACCAAAGCCCUGUGGACACCAGCUGCCCACGUGAUGACCAAAGCCCUGUUGGCACGAGCUGCUCACGUGAUGACCAAAGCCCUGUUGGCACGAGCUGCUCACGUGAUGACCAAAGCCCUGUUGGCACGAACUGCUCACGUGAUGACCAAACCCCUGCUGGCACGAACUGCCCACGUGAUGACCAAAGCCCUGUUGACACGAGCUGCUCACAAGAUGAUGAAAGUCCUGUUGGCACGAACUGCCCACGUGAUGACCAAAGUCCUGUUGGCACGAACUGCUCACAAGAUGAUCAAAGUCUUGUUGGCACGAUCAGCUCACGUGAUGACAAAACCACUGCUGGCACGAGCUACUCACGUGAUGAUCAAUGCCCCGUUGCAACCAAUGGGGAAUCAACUGUUGAGAUCUCAACAGGAACAUGUGAGAGGGGUUCGCAUGAACAAUCAGGUGAAAUCCUCGAUAUUCUUAACUUGAGGAUCAACCGAGAUGUCAUCCUUGACGUAGAAAAGGCCGCAAACAAGGAAUUCUUCAUGGGACGAUCCUUGAAAACCCCAGCUCGGUAUCUGAAAAUUCGAAACUAUAUACUAGACAUGUGGGAUAGGUGUAAACCGAGUUACUUAUUUAAGACCUCUGUAAGGUCUGGGCUACGUAACUGCGGGGACGUGAAUUCAAUUGGCCGGGUACACUCGUUCCUUGAAGAUGCUGAACUUAUCAACGUCGGUUGCCCAGAGAGGCCUAGGCCUAAGAUUCGUCACACGAGUGAGACUGAGCCCGACAAAGUCGAGAGUCCUGCCCCCAUUGAGUCAUGGGUAAACUUUUUGCGGCCUCGUAAGCGGCGCAUCCGUCACGACGAGGGAAACUGGGUCGAGGACACAGACACGGAGGGAUUCACGAUUGCUCACCUAAACGGAAAUGAAGGCGAGGAACAGCACAGUUACACCACCCCAAGGCCUGCAAUAGCGACACGGAAAACCAAGGUCCCAAGGACCAAGUCCUUUUACGAUCCUUUCAAGCUAGUGCCUUACCGAAACUUCCCGUCAAGCAGCGCGGAACCUUUCCACGUAGCCCUCCAAUCAGAUGCGCUGAUUGUGAUGGAUGUGCAUGCGCACUUAUCUACCACGGAGGUGAUUGGUCUGUUGGGAGGAACUUACUCACGUGACAAUCGAGUUUUGCAGGUGCUCCGCGCUACUCCGUGCAGAAGUCUUAGUACCAGCAUGCAAUGUGAGAUGGACCCUGUCUCGCAGACCCAGGCUUCGGAAAAGCUCGCCUCCAAAGGAAUGGCCGUGGUGGGCUGGUACCACUCACACCCGACAUUCGCGCCCAAUCCCUCUGUUCGAGAUAUUGAAACCCAAGCCAAGUUUCAGGAGUGGUUUGCCAAGGGAGGUGCGGCGUUCAUAGGCGUCAUCGUAAGUCCAUACAAUUACGUCAACACAUCCAACCAAUCGCAAAUCAAAUGCCUGACAGUUAGCCAGGAGUGCACAACCGCUGAGCAGCAAAGAGUGCCGUUCCAGUUUGACUAUGAGAUCCUGGAGCGGACUACGGACUCUGUGGACGUGGUCGGAUGCAUAAAUGAACUGGAGGCAGAAUACAGACACUAUGGCUUUCGCAUGCCAAUGACGCGUCGCUAUAGCAACUCCUCGCCCUUCACGGCUCUCGACAAGCUAAUGGACUCGAUUCGUGCUCGAUUCCGCGGCUCGGACGAUGACAAAGAAGACUUCAUUAGUGAGCUAAUGGAGCUCUUUUCAAACGACAACUGGGACAAUGAUCAUCACGAAGAAAAAAAGAACGAGGGGGCGAAUUACGAAGAGAUAAGGCAGGAUAUGAUGAUCAAGGACGGGACUUCUGGUACUGGUGCGGUCCUAUCGAGCGAUGACGGGCCCUUCGAAGAGAGCGCGGGGGAAGUCGGUAGAGAUGAGGGAACGUUCAAGGUAGACACAGGAGAUAGACUGAAAAGCGGAGACUUAGAUUCAAUGGCAGAAGCAGUGUUACAAAAUGGAUGAGAAAAAAAACCAUUGUACCAGAAUGCUUGACACGACCUUCAACAUUCAAAUUAUUAUUUAAAGAUUACACGUCAGAAAAACUGGCGCUUUUAUCGCUAUAAAUGGAGAAAUCAUACGAGUAAAUAUUAUUUAUGUAAGCUGGGAGAAGAAAUUUAAUUUUAUCAAUAAAUCAAUUGUAUUAUACA